UGAAAAAUCAAUGGUCAAGAUCCUCAUGAUCUUCCACUUCUCUCAUUGUGUAUAAAUAGGGAGGAUAGCCUAGAACUGGGAACUCAUCUUGUGAUCUAUAAUAACUUCCAUAUAACACAUCUUUUCUCUUCCUCAAGGAAACAGAACAAAACAUCUUCUCUUCCUCUUUCAUCACCUCUCUCUUGCUUAUGGCUUCACUUCUAGUCCUUCUCAGCUAUGCUAUGGCUCUCGCAUUAUUUGCUCCCCACGCACUGUUUCUAGUUUCCGAGGGAAGGCCAAUACGGUCAAUGCAAGAGUCUGGCUCGAUUCCAAGUGUUAAUCAGUCUGUUGUUAUAGUUGCGAAGCAAAAGGUGAUCCCGCCCUCCAUGGCAAUCAAUCAGCGAAUUGUAUUCGCACAGUCUGAUGUGACCAACAUGGAUGAUUUCCGUCCGACAUCCCCCGAGAAUAGCCCAGGAGCUGGCCAUUUGCUUGAGGAUUUCAUGAAGAAAGCUGGCGCACAGGAGCAGACCAGGCACAUGACUGUUAAGGACAUCCAUCCUCUUACCGGGUCAUCAGUACUAGGUGACUUCCGAUCUACGGAACCUGGACACAGUCCCGGUGUUGGACACACUGCUGGGAAUGUGAACUCAGACCCCAAACACUAGGCGGAUAUGUUAUUUAAUGUACAGCAAAUAAGCAAGCGCCUUUCACGUUAAGGCCCUAUGCGCAAGCAAUUGAUUCUCUCAAGUAUUUUCUAUUAUCACCACUGUCCUCUCUCUAAGGAAGAACGAAGAGAGAGCAGGUUACGUAUAUAUGUUGCAAGAAUUUGGAGUGUAUAUGUAGGAUGAAGCCAUGUAAUACUAUUGAUAUAUUGUGAGCGAAAAAGAAAAAAAAAUGUCGUUUGUUUAAUAUU